UUCCGACUGAGUACACACUGCGAAACCGCUGGAAACCUGGAGAAAGGUGUGUUUUCUGGCGUGUGUGUGUGCGUGUGUGUGAGAGGGUCGCUGUGUGGGGAUGACGGAGGCUCGCGCUUCGCGGCGCUCUGAGGCUGUUCAGCAGCUGAAGUCGCGCUUUCUCGAGGCGCUGAAGCGCAACGACGCGGCCGAGGUGGAGAAAUUUCUCCGCACCACCAACAUAGACAUAGACACAGUGCUGGACGUGAAGGACACCAGCAUGGUCCUCGCCUCAUACAAGCAAGGUUACUGGUUACCAGGCUACAAGUUGGAGAGUUCCUGGGCCAUGGGAAUUCACGUGUGCAUGAUGUACAACGCGCUGGAGAGUGCCUUGGUGCUUCUGCAGAGGGGGGCAGCUGUGAACAGGAAGCCUAAUGGCAAAACCCCACUGCACGUAGCUUGUGAGGUCUCACACACAGACUGCGUGAAUCUGCUGCUGAACUGGGGGGCAAAGGUCAACAGUGUUUCACUGAGUGGACACACCCCUCUACACUACUGCAUAACUCAGGAGUCUGUGGACUGCGCCAAACAGCUCAUACUCAGAGGAGCGAAUGUGAAUGCAGAAAGCCAUAACAGUGAUGAAGACACUCCACUACACACAGCCGCACGAUUCGGUAUCUCCGAGCUGGUGGCCCUUUAUGCUGCUCACGGUGCCAAUGUGGAUGCAGUAAACGCCCGUAUGGAGACCCCCCUAAUAACUGCUGCAUUCUGGGCUAUGGACACCCGAGAGCAGACCUACAGCGAGGACCACCACCUGGUGUGCCGGAUGCUGCUGGACUACGGUGCCAAUCCAAACCUCCAGGAGGAGGACAAGAAGACGGCCCUGCACAAGGCCUCCUGGAACUGUGACCAUGUGCUAAUACAGGUACUGCUGGAGGGUGGAGCUAAUCCCAGCAUUAUGGAUGUCAAUGGGUGUGCUGCUCUCCAGUACGUGCUGAAGGUGAUGCAGUUUCGGCCGCUGUCCAUACCUGAGCGCUGCUUUCAAUUGCUGCUGAACUAUGGAGCAGUCAGGGUCUACCCAAAGCAGUUUCAUAAGGUGUUGCAGAAUUGCUACGACUAUCCCAGGGCUGUUGAGGUGAUGGCAAAUUCUUAUGAGCAUCUCAUGCAUACCAAAAAAUGGAGGGCAGCUAUUCCUGAUGCAACAUAUGAGCGUCACAGGACGUUCUACGAUUCCUUGUUUGCUGUUUGCACCAAUAAUCCACGUACUUUACAACAUCUGGCCAGAUGUACCAUCCGAAUAGCAAUGCAUGGGUGCUGUGAAACAGGCAUUCAGCAGAUACCACUGCCUCCACCAAUCAGAAGAUACCUACUGCUGGAGCCAGUGGGAAUUAUAUUCUAGAGGCUGCAUUGUGACAAUCAAAUCAAAGUGGUGAAUUCUUUCUCUGCCAGCAUUAAACUCCAGGUCCAAAUUCUGGAAAUGUGUAAUAUUCUGGAACUAUUAACCCCUUGACGACCAUGGAUCUGUUAGAGGGCCCCACUUCAUUCCUCUCUCAAAUUACUGCAAAUUAUAUAUAGGUUUUACAGUUGUUACUGGAUGAUUGCCUUGAGUUUAUGGGGUUAAUUACCGUUAGGCAAAAGGAACUAUGAAGUAGCUAGUCACUUGUAAUUAUAUAGCGUUUUGGAUAACAUCACAAGCCGGUACACUGCAAACUGGGGUUCAGUUCACCUCUCGGCAGACAUUCCAUUUAAUGCUGUUUUGGGGAAAAACAUAAUCAACAUAAUCAAAUCAAUAUAAAUUAAAUUGAAUGUUAUUCACACUCA